AGCGGCAGCAGUACACGAUCGGCACGCUGUCGCAGUACAUCGGCUGCGCCGCGGCGGGCUACCGGCCGCUGCCGCUGGCGCCGCGCACGCCGCAGGCGGCGCUGCUGCGCGACGCCGCGCCCCCCCGCGACGCGGCCGACGCCCGCCCAGAAACCCAGAAAAACAAGAGCUUCUACUCGGAACCCAACAGCAGUGGAUCGGGGUCCUCGUCCGCUUCAUCCUCAGAAGCCAGCAGCGAUGAGGACUCCUCUGAUGAUGAGGAUAGCAACAAUGACGAAAAGAAAAAAGAAACGUCUAAGGAAACUAAUAACCACAGGGCGGAGAGUUCAAACUCGGGCACGUCCGACAGCGACACGGACAGCGAGUCGUCGGAGGAAGACGAUAGCGACGGGAGCUCCACCGCGCACGACAGCAGCGGCGACGACACACCCAAGCUGGCCGGCAAAUCGGACAAGGCGGACAAGAAGACACCCAACAACCAACAGCAAGACAAAUCUACAGAGCAGGCGAAGAACGAAAAAUCCAACCUGGAGUUACUCUUGGAGCUGGACGAAGUUGCGAGCACGCUGCCCACGAUGACUCCCACCUGCGGGGGGUUCCUAUCGCCUCCUACAGAAGGUCCUGUAGUGAUAGGGGACACGGACGGCAUCGCGGCCGCGGCGCCGGCGCUGGCGCCCGCGGGCGGCGGCGAGCUGAUCCCGCGCGUGCUGAGCGGCGGCCUGGGCGCGGCCCGGCGCUGGGCGCGGAGGCCGCACCUGUACUCGCCGCGCAUGUGCGCCGUGGAGAUCACCUUCGCCAACCACAGCGGCCAGGACGUCGGCGGCGUCCGGCUGCACAAGAAGACGCUAACGGGGUCUCGGGCGAUCCACGAUUUCGCCCCCAUCCCGUCGUUGGCACCCGGCGCCUCCGCCACCACCACCCUCGGAGUGGACUUCGCCGACACCAUACAACCUAUUGAGUUCACUGUCAUCAGCUCUUUGGGCGAGGUGCCAGUGUCCAUAACUCCACCGGUAGGGGAGCUAAUGCGACCCGUCACUAUGUCCGAAUCGAGAUGGGACCUCGAACAGAAGAAACUUCGGGGAAUGACUGAAUGCGAAAAGAAAGCAGUAAAACUGGAUGACGAACAGUUAAUCUGCAAGAAGGUAUUCGAGACGGCCAACGUGGCCCCGAUUACCGCCACCGGGGACUUACUAAGAUUCGCCGGCAGAAUGUUGUCAUCUCAAGAUUUAGUGUUGCUAUCGGUGAAAAUUGAGGAAGAAAGCACACGGGUCGUUGCCAAUUGUCCCAACAUGGCAAUCGCCUCCAUGCUAGCCAACGAAGUCGCGCAGGCGUUCGGAAAGUCCAAUUGAUGAUUCAUAUCACCAAUACCGCUACCAUAUGUUUUACUGAGAAUAAAGCGGCCUCGUAAUAUAUUUAUAUACAAAAUGUUACUUCUUCUUGAGACCGCUAGGUGCGCUGUACAAUUUGCCUUUCAAAAUUGUGAUGCAAUUUACGCGGUCGCUAGCUACAACUAUCCCUGUAAUCUCGUAUUAAGUGACAAACAGCUAGGCGAUAAUAAUUAUAAUUAUUUUGUAAAAAAAAUAGACCUCAAAAAACAAAAAAGAGUAUCAGCAAAAUCGGCUCAGAAAUGCCGAAGUAAUCGCGACAUAUAUACAAUCGAAUUGAGAAUCUCCUCCUUUUUUGAAGUCGGUUAAUAAAUGAACUCUGCAUUCACAUGCAAACAAACCAUAUCAAGUGUCUAGAAACACGUUAGAUAACAAUUUUUAAUGAACAAAUUACGUCAAAAUUAGUGUUGCCAGUUCUCACCCAAUAGGUAUUAAAAGAACUUGUCUACGUUACCAUGGUCACUGGUCACAAUGCGCACAUUACAACUCAAAAUCGUUGACGGACAUUUUGGCCAUUCUCUAUCUUUUACCCUAGUGCACUGAGGCCCGUAUUAAUAAAUAUAUCUCAAGUGAAGGACCAAUAUUAAAAUAAAAUUGUGCUCAGCUAGUUAAUAUUAUAAAUUGUUAUAUCACGCAUGAAUAUAAUAUCAGUUUUAUAAACCAUACAGUUGUGCAACGAAUGUACUUGCGCAGAGCAACGGCGUACUCGAGGGGAGUUGGGCGACCCAGGCCGCAUCCUGCAAACGCGCUUAGUUUGCCGGAUCGAGCCUUAAUAAUAAUAUUUUAUUUACUUCAGACAACAUUUAAGGUCCAUUUUAAUGUUAGUAGAGCUUAUCCUAGAUGAAUACUUAAUAAUUAAUAAUGAAAUUGGCCUCUGUGCGAGUGUAUACAUCAUCGGGCAGUUAGGUCUAUCAGCUAGCGCUUUCAGGAUGCCGUUACAGCUCCCGCACUCUGUUCAACAGCGCGGCAGUUUUCUUUCGUCAGACUGCAUCAAAGCGAAGGGCUGCAAAGGCGCGGGAGAAUGGGGGAAAAUGUAUUAUUUAUUUUGAACUCACAGAGCAUUGUACGAUUUUUGUAUACAUUUGAACCACAAACUUGCGGUGUACAAAAUGCCUUAAACAAUGUUUUCUUCACUGUAUCCGUACAUCUAGCAAACCUUCGAACCAACAUGUUCGCCCGAACCAUCGAGUAUAUUGGUAUAGAAAUGGAGACGAAAUAAGGGCCAUAUAUUCCUGCUAACACAUUAGCGAUACAGCUCUUAUAAUAUCAACUCCCGUUU